UCGCUCUGUUCCCUCUUCCCACGGGCGGCACCGGCGCCGGAGCCCAGUGCAGCACUCCAGAAUGUUGAGAGGAAUUGCUAAUAGUGCAACACACGUAUUUACAUUUUUGUUGGCUAGAUCUCAGCACUGCAAACCAUUGUUGACUCUCUCAUCCCUGUGGAAAAACAUAAAGGAUGCAAGCUUUUUACAGCAUUACAGUUAUACAACUGAUAUAAAAUCGAAAGUGGAGAACAAAAGAACUGUGGAGAAUCUCUACAGAUUAGCCGUUGAUAUUAAAAAAAUUCGGAGACUAAAGGAGUGGGUCCUCUUUCAGGAUGCAGCCUAUGUUAAAGAAACUGCUAACACUUUACGUGAAAUGGGAGCUGAUAAGACUGCCAUAGCAAAUAUUUUGGAACGUUGCCCAGAGGCAAUCCUCCGUACCCCAGCAGAGAUAAACUCUCAAAGAGAUCUGUGGCAAUCAGUAUGCCAAAAUGAAAAACAACUGGUCAAAUUAAUAGAACAAUUUCCAGAGUCUUUUUUUACUGUUGAACAUCAUGAGAACCAGAAAUCUAAUGUUCAAUUCUUUCAAGAGUUGGGACUGAAGAAUAAUAUAAUCAGCAGGUUCUUCACAAGUGCACCCGAUAUUUUUUACAAGCCUGUUGAGAAAAACAAACAUAUAGUAGAGACAUUACAGAGAAUGUAUCUAAAUUUAGGUGGUUCCAAUGCCAAUAUGAAGAUCUGGCUUCUGAAAUUAUUGAGUCAAAACCCAUUUAUUUUGUUAAAUAGCUCCACAGCAGUUCAAGAGAACUUGGAGUUUCUCCAGAAGAAAGAUUUCGCUGAUUCUGAAGUUCUGCAGCUGCUAUCUAGGCUUAAAGGUUUUAUUUUUAAUCUUAGCCCUAACACUAUGCAGAGGAGCAUGUUUUUUUCCAAAGAUGUUUUUAAGUGCAGUGAUCAAGAAUUAAAAGAGCUAGUGUUGAAAUGCCCUGCUCUCCUCUACAAUUCUGUUCCAGUUCUGGAAGAAAGACUCAAGGGACUGUUGAAGGAAGGAAUUUCUGUAGAUCAGAUUAAAGAGACGCCAAUGGUGCUGGAACUGACAACCCAAAUUGUGCAGUACAGAAUUAAAAAGUUAGCUGCUUUAGGAUACAAUAUAAAAAAUGGAAAUCUAGAAAAUUUGAAUGGAACAAAGAGAGAUUUUGAAGCCACUUAUUGUAGGAUACAAGCAAAGAGAGAGAGACCAAUGUUUAAUCCUGUUGCUCCUUUAGAUUAAUUUGAAUACCUUUAAUUUAUUCAGAAAGGGGACUUUAUCCUUUAAGGAUGGAAAUAAAAAUAUCCUUAGCCAAAUUGUAUUCUGUUGCAUGAAGUUGUGCAGUAGCUGGCUUUAAUUCAUAGCUCACUGGUACUUUUAAAAGUUGUAUUACAAAAAGUGACCAUAAUAAAAGGUUAGCAAUAUCAUUGCUAUCAUUUACAUAAGGACUAGGUUUUUAGAUUGUAUCCCAAGCACACAAUUUUUAAAGAAAUUUCCCCAUCAAACUGGCCACCAACUUACUUAGGUCUUUAGCAAUUGGUGUUGUACUGGCCAGUCUAUGAUAAUACCGAGAACGAUUAUACUAACCAACAAGAAAAGUUAGCAGCAUGAAUUUUCAAAACUGUUCAUCAGGCAGCUGGUAAGUAAAAGACUUUCAAAAAGUCCUUUAGGUAACUGCUACUGCAGCAAAGAGGCCACUGGAGGUUGAGCCCAAAUUGAAGCUGGUAGUCUGAUGGGAUGGAAGGAGAUUACAUAGCUAGAGUCUCCACUGAGAGGAUGUGCAAAGACUAUUUACCAUAUUUAUGUACAAUCAUUACUAUAAGAGGGCCUUGUGACUGUCUUAGUGUGGUCUCUCAUGGGGUCUCAUCUUCUCCUGACUGACCUUCCUUGUUUUCUCUCAGUCAGUUGCUAGACCUUUGCCUCCAAUUAAGUCCAUCAGCUCUUCACAUUUUGGGUUUGCAGUCUCUCAGCUGGUUUUGUGGAGACAGCCUGAUACUAUUCCAUACCUUUCUGCCUCUCGUUCCUUCUCUGUUCUCCCCAUUUUUUUCUUGUUUUCUCUAUUGGUCGCAGCUGUGGAUGCCUGCUUCCAUGAUUGGCAGUUCUAGCAGCUGCCUGGGGUUGUGAUCAAGCUGCUUGCUUAUAAACAGGAAAGACUCUCCUCCCUCCUCUGUCUAUGCCCAGUCUGGGGUUUGUAGACCCCAUUACAGGUCCUGAUUUGGUUGGGGACUAAUAUAAAGCGAAUAAAUAACAAAAUGGUUUUAGAGGGUCUCUUUCAAGGGUAUGAAACGUCAAGCUGGCUCCUCUUUCAGGAACUCUUUCUCUCUCUUUUUUUUUUUUUUUUGUCUGUUAUUCCUCCUCCUCUUCCUGGGUUUAGAAGGAGAACAGGAUCAGAAAGGGAAUUAGCUGAGGUAAAGACUGCUUCCAGAAGGAAGGAAGCAAAGAAGUCUGAGGGGAAGAGUGUGGUCUUGUGCCUUUUAAAGUAGCUGUGGCUCAGGCACAAGUCUUUGCUUUUAAACUGGUGAAUAUUAAAAGUGGACAAGAUAUGCAAACAGCCACUGCAGUUAUUUCUUAAGCAUAUGGAAAAACAGAUAUCUUAAAUACCAUGAUGUGGUAACUGCUGAGAAAUGCUGACCUUUUAAUAGCAGUUACUGUAGGUAGUCAUUAGUCUUUGUGGGUGUGAAAGAAGUGAUACAUGACAAAAACAAUCAUUAGAUGUCAUCUGACUGAAAUUAAAAUUGUCAGGGGUUUCUGCAUAAGCUUUCAUGAGCAAGUCGUCUGUAUAUAUUCCUCCUUGGCAGGCAGGAGAUAAAAAUGCAUGAAAGAGUAGUGAGGUGAGCAACUGCUAAGGGACAUGUUCCAUAUUUAAAAUGUCUGGAAAUUCAAACAAGUGUGAUCAAAAAUAUCAAACUGUAAAUUGAUUUUGUAUCAGUUUUUCAUAAGAAAAACCUACUAAAUUCUUGGGGCUCAACGAUGAACCAAAACUGUUGACUACAAUGGGAAUUUUUGUUGUGCAUGAAAUAUAAGAUCAGGUCUGUUCUCUUUGAAGUAACCCUGCUGUAUACUUGAACUGUUAUUUUGCUUGUCAUGAGUAUACAUUUCACAUACAUACAUACAUACAUAAAGUACAAUUGACUGUAACACUUGCUACAUUUGCUGUAUAAUUAAGGACAUGUUGGCAAUAAAUCUGUUUUUUCUUUA